CGCACCAAUAGGGUAGCUUUCGUUCGACCUACAAGUGCGUAACCAUAUCCAUGGGCAAGAGAUAGUAUUGUCAUAUGCCUGCUCAGAGUUAAUUUACCUGUCGAUGUUGUUGUUAAGCGUACCAAUAUAUUCUUCAAGUUUAAUCCCAUUUUAUUGUUGUGAUUAUUGAAGGUAAUUGUGUUACGUUAGGUAAUUGUUCAUCGCAUUUGCUAACGGAUCUUAUUAUUGGCAAUUGUACUUACCAUAAAUUUCGUUCUUUGGAUAUGUGUGCACUUAUCAAUUGCCAAAGAGCAUCUUCUAAAAAAUCCAAAGCUAAAAUAUUCAAUUAUUUCUGCAAGGAAUUAUCGGAUGUACUUGAAUGUGAUCCUGAUACCAUUGAGAGGACAGAUGUCACUUUUGUUGUUGGUCAUAAUGUUUAUCAUGGAAACCAAAAAACAGUUUCCAUAUUGAGUGAGGAGCUGAAAAAAUGCUUUCAGUCAGAAAGCGAAGACUUCGAUCACAGCUCUACACAUGGUUGCAUACUGAAAGUAACUAGAUCAAAGUCUUCGUCUUCACUCAAGGUGUUUAUUGAUGCAUCCGCGGACAUUUUUGAAGCGGUAUUAAAUUAUAUGCUUACUUUAAAGCUUACUGUGCCCGAAGACCUAAUACCACACGUUUACUAUCUGUCAAAAUGUCUACAGAUCAAAACUUUGGAGACAACGUGCAUCGAGUUUUUAAUUCACAAUUUAUCAAUCAACAGUGUUGGGGGUAAGAUUUUUAAAAAAAUCACGAGUUGCUGAAGUUUUUUUUUCUAACUAAUAUUCUUUAAAAAUGUUAGAUUUUCUUGUUCAGCUCUACUUUAAUUCCAGAUCCGUUUCAUUUAUUAUACUCUGGAUAUAAUUGACUUCUUGUGGUUAGGCAAUAUUACAAUGGUUAUUUAAGAGAAUCCAUGACUUUAUAUACUAUUUACAGUUUAAAUUUAUAUAAACUUAAUAUUGUGUUGAAAGAUGUUUUUCAUAGUGUUGGUUCUAGUUGUCAUUUACACAACGUAGGAUCUGGCAUAAAUUGUCAAUUUCUCAAUACUCGAAACUUCACAUCAAUAUAAAGCGAAAAAGUUGAUAAGAUAAAAAGUGGACAAAUCGAAAUAGUAGUAAUAUAAAUGGUAAUGCAUGUCUGAACAUACAGAAUAUUGUUCCCUAAGAACAAGUGAGAUUGGGCAAUAAAAUAUACAAUGAUAUGAAAAAUCAAGAUUUGGAAGAAAAAACAAAAUGAAAACAUCUGUGACAGUUGUAAACCUUAUCAACUAAGGUUUCCAGUUAAAGGUCAUAAUUGUCUGCAGAACUCCAUUGAAAACUUCUGAACCUUCCAACUUCGCUCUGAACAACAACCAGUGACUUUAUCUCUUGAUUUUGAUUGGGACUCAUACAGACAUAAGAUGAUAUUCUAUGUAAACAUUACCCUGAACAUCACUAUAAAAUGAGGAACUGGUAAAAAACAAUCCUAGCUAUCAGCAGUCGAAUGAAGCCAGCACAUGUGGGAUUUUAGAAUUUUGUGUAACUAAAUAUGAUGAAAAAGUAAAUAUGUUGAUGAAUUAGUAACUUAUUAUGACAUGGGCUCAAAAUAUGUGGAGUCUCAUUGUUUAUUCGGUGCACCAAAACGAUUAGUACUCCCGUACAAUACAUGCUAUUUCACCAGUAUAAUAUUCCACACUAGUCUUCAGCAUUCGGGUUGUCGUCUUUGUAGAUUCUUCGCAGCAUGUGUAUUUUCUUUUAGUAAAGUUCUAUUACUUAAUUUUUCUGUUAUUAACUAUAAUAAAACGCAUCUAGGUAUAUGCUACCAUGGACAUGCCUACCAGAUCUUCAAAAUUAUUAAAAAACGUACUCGGAGUUUGCUAGGUCAACCUCAUGUCGUUUUUCCUCUUGUUUUACAGAGUAGAAGAAAGUUUUUAUUUGAGGACUUGACGUAAAUCACCAGAAAACUUUCCAAAUGUUGGCAUUUAAGCAGUGGCUAUUAAUAUAAUCUCAACACCUUAAGCACUCUGUUUUAAAGACUGAUUUGUCAAAUCAGAUUUUUACAACUAUUGACAACAUGAAAUAAGUCAUUUAAGUCGUUUUUUGUUUGUGCAUGCAUUGAAUAGCAAUUGAACAACAAAAUAUGUCACUUAUAUAUUUAGGCAUCACUGUAAUCGAGGAAUAACAUAUUGGCGAUUAUCAUGUCCUGCAUAAUGUAGUUACAUAAUGUGUGGAAAGUUCGCACACCAUUCUGUGAGCUACCGAAAUCUCAAUUGUUCUCUCUAUUUUAGCGGUAGCUUACUGUUAAGGCAUUCGACUUUCACCCACUAGGCUACAGGUUUGAGCUCCCCUUCACCUACUUCGGUCUAGGCAACUGGUUAGUAUCAUUAGCCCUCGCACUUAAUGUGUGGCUCAUACCCAAGUACCUAGUGGAUGAGUCAACUUACUAUUGGCAAAUCAGUAGACGCAUUUAGUCAACGACGGGUAUUUAAUUUAUCUGUACGCUAUUACAAAACGAGUUCAUCAGUGUGUCAUAUGUGGAACACAAAGUACCUACUUUGUCCAGAAAGGAACUCAUGGGGAUUUCAAAAGUUUUGCAAUAACUCUUCUGAAAUCAGCAUAAGAACAUACGAAUCUGAAGUAAACCUCUUAAGAGUAUCUGAUUAACAUAGCUUGUUUUUAAUAUUGCGUCUUACAUCCUACUGUUUCUUGUACAGUUCUGUGUAGCUUUAUUCAGUUCAGUGGGGUUUAUCAAAAUAGUAAUGAAUUUGCUACAAGUCUCACAUCUUAUUCGCCAGAAAUGUGCCUAACAAAAACAUUACACCACUACUUGUUAACGGAAGCAGAUGCCAUCGCUUGUUCUCAAACAGGAAUUCUUAGUGCUCGUUUGAUAGUAAACCUUACAGGCAAUUUCGAUUCAUCAGAUGAUCAAAAUGGAAUUCAAGAACCUUCCAACGAAUAUUUAGCCGUUGGAGUUUUGCGAUGGGCAUUUGAAAAGUUAUUAACAGGCGAAAGACUGGCAAGGGCGGGAAGUGAAGAUAAUGUUUGUUCGGACGAUGAAGAAAGUGACGGGAAUGGCAGCAGUCAUGCUGUUGGGAACUCUAAUGGAUCACAGCGUAAACGAGCAGGUAGUCAAUUUCAGUUUUUGGCUCAAAAAAAUUUGCUAAAUGGAAUUCGUUCAAAAUGUGGUACAUCAGCUCAGUAUAGCCUCGCUUCAGAUGACAAUGAUGAUAGCGAUGAUUUAAAUUCAGAAACUAAAGCCGAGGAACGUGGCUCAGUUUCAGACACUCUGAAUUCAUUACAAUAUUAUAGUACACAAGAUAUACGAGUAAGUCUUGUGAAAUACCUUAUCUUUUAAGGUAUUGUAUAUCCCACAUUUAUUUUCCUACAUAAUCGUAAAAUGUCAAUGACCUUUUUCCCAAAUAACCCACUGUUGCUCAAGUAUUCACCUAAAUACCUUCUAUGGUGUGGUAGGGCAAUUUGUAAAAUAUGGUUGCUAUAAAUAAAAUUUUAAAUGAGACUGGAUAUAGUUAACUGAGAUGAAUUUUCAGCAUUGCUUGUGUGUGCUACGACUUUUCCGGGAACAACAUUUGCUUUAGCAGUAGGGUUCUGAUUGUGAGAAAUAAGUCAGUUGAAACCACUUGUCUAGUGAACUUGUAUAUAUGGUUAGGUCAUAUGUUAAAUAUGCCCAAUGGUUGUAUGGUAGACGCCACAGAAUAGUCAUUUCAUGACACGAGACCAUUACUUGAUGUUGUAUAUUAGUGUUAGUUUGAGCUAAGUUCCAGAGUAGAGGCUUUUUGUCAGCGUAAGUUAGAUUAGCGUUGGAUUGGAUGUUAAGAUGUAUUAGUUCGGACUAGAGAUAAUCUACAUGUAUGUUAUUCUCUUCAGCUGGACUUUUGUAUUUUAUCAUUUGCCUUUACACAGUGUAUGUGCUAGAGGAUUUAUGUUUAAUUGGUGAGGUUCAUUUAUUUUCAUUUCAAUACCGAUAAAAAUCCUUGCCUCUGUGACCAUGUGAUAUACACUCUCUAUGGGACACACGAUUGUAUUGGAAUGGUUUUAUUACUCGCGAUCCAAUGAUUGUAUGACAGUUUUUGUAUAUUGUUCUGUUAAGCACCUAAGCCCCUAUAUUGAUAGUGAAACAUACUAUUGUAGCUCCAACCAAGAGUGGCCCUAACAUGAAAUCAGUUCUCUUAGAAUGGUAGGUGAUUAACUUAUGAAAUUCCAUUUUCGGUUUUCAGUAACUGUCAUAGAUAUCUAUUUCUUUGAACAAGUUUCCGUUUAUAGCGAAGCUCGAAAUUUUUAGAUGAUUACAAGCAGUAACUGUUAAUUUGGUUUUAAACUUUGCGUAGUAGUUACUUUUGAACACAUUUCUAGUUCAAGAAAUAAUAAAUAUAAACAAAUUAUUCAUGUUUUUGGUUAGACAGAGUUUACUGAUGUUGGUUCCACUCUGUAAGAAAGGGUCAAAAUCAUCCUGUGACAACCACAGAGGGAUUAGUUUAACUAAUAUAGUCUCUAAAAUACUAGCCUCGAUAAUUAUCAGACGCCUAACUAAGACUCGUGAACUGCAAACACGAGAGACUCAAGCUGGCUUCAGACCUGGUCGUGGCUGCAUCGACCACAUAUUCACCAUUCGUCAGAUUCUAGAACACAGGCAUACUUAUCGGCGUCCGACAAUGGUGGUCUUUCUUGACUUAAAAGCAGCAUUUGACUCCGUGGACAGCGAGAUUCUGUGGUAGUGUCUGUCAUUGAAAGGCGUACCUCAGAAGUACAUAAACCUUGUGAAGGCUCUUUACUCGAACACUACUAGUCGAGUCAGAGCUUAUGGCGAACUGUCAUCUGGUUUUGCAACCUCAAGUGGUGUCCGUCAAGACUGUCCAUUAUCUCCAUUUUCGUUUAACUUCAUCAUAGACCUACUGAUGGAAAUAACAUUCUCGUCGACUGAAUUCUCGGGUAUUGACCUCCUUCCAGGAGGUCCACUUAUCGACUUAGAAUACGCAGAUGACAUAGUCCUGUUUGGUGAAGACGCUGAUAAAAUUCAGAGUCUUUUGGUAGCACUGAGCAACAAUGCCAGAAUAUUUGGAAUGCGCUUCUCUCCCUCUAAAUGCAAGUUGUUGCUUCAGGACUGGUCUGCGUCAACACCUGAACUAAGGAUAGGGAGUGAAGUAGUCGAACGUGUUGACAACUUCACUUAUCUUGGAAGUCUGAUCAGCCCUAAUGGGUUGGUGUCUGACGAAAUCUCAGCAUGGAUUCGAAAAGCUCGUUUGUCUUUUGCCAACUUACGUCACCUAUGGCGAAGGCGAGAUAUCCGUCUAUCAAUAAAAGGACGAGUAUACUGCGCGGCAGUCCGUUCAGUUUUAAUUUACGGCAGCGAAACGUGGCCAUUAAGAGUAGAAGAUACUCGUAAGCUACUAGUAUUUCACCACAAAUGCCUUAGAAAUAUUGCUCGCAUCUGCUGGGAUCACCGGGUAAGUAAUAGUGAGAUUAAACGUAGAGUAUUAGGGAAUGAUGGUAAAUCAGUCGAUGAGGUUGUGAAUCUUCGUCGACUGAGAUGGUUGGGCCACGUGUUACGUAUGCCUGAACACCGAUUACCACGACGUGCAAUGAUAACCGGUGUUCGGGAUGGUUGGAAGAAAGUUAGGGGUGGCCAAACCAAAACGUGGCAUCAGUGCUUAAAGUCAUUAACUUGUAGUGUGAGCCAUGUUGGUAGAUGCAGACUACUCGGUAAUCAUUUGUUAGAGACUCUUGGUGACGUGGCUCAGAAUCGAUCACAAUGGCGUCGGUGUAUGCACUUUCUGUCUUCCCUUAAACUAAGAGAUUAAAAUUGAUUCAUAUCUUUCUUUCUACGAACUAAUUCUUUCUUCCUGUACUAUAUCCUUAUUGCAAUCUUUCUUUUAUAUAUUACCACCUCCAAAUUAACUACUUUUAUGAAUCCGGUGUUCAUCUUGUGUUAAUGAGGUAUGGCAAUUUGAACCGAUGCAUAUAUGUGACUGGUCCUACGUUGUAGCUGAAUGACUGACUGACACCAGAAAACAUUGCACGUCGGGGCAGUCGGUGGUUGGGCAUACGUAACACGUGUCCCAGCCAUCUCAACUGAUGAAGUUUCACUACUUCAUCAAUUGAUUUGCCAUCCUUACCUAGUACUCGUUUCCUAACAACUGUGUUACUUACUCGGUGGUCCCAUGAUAUACGAGCGAUGUUUCGAAGACACCUAUGAUCGAAUACUAGUAACCUACGAAUAUCCUCUACUCUUACCGGCCAUGUUUCACUGCCAUAAAGUAGGACGGAACGAACUGCUGUGCAGUAAACACAUCCCUUGGUUGAUAGACGGAUAUCUCGCCUACUCCAUCAAUGACGCAAGUUGGCAAAAGCUAGUCGAGCCUUCUGUAUCCAUGCUGAGAUUUCGUCACACACCAGACCACAAGGGCUGAUGAGACUUCGAAGAUAAGUGAAGCGGUCGACACGCCCGACUACUUCACUCCCUAUCAUUAGUUCAGGUGCCGACGCAACUCAAUCCUGAAGCAACACUUUACAUUUCGAGGGGGAGAAUCGCAUCCCGAACAUACUUGCAUUGUUGCUUAGAGUGGUCAGAAGACUUUGCAUUUUGUCAGCAUCUUCACCAAAUAGAACUAUGUCAUCGGCAUAUUCCAAGUCAACAAGUGAACCUCCUGGUAGAAGUUCAACCCCUGGAAAUCUAGAUGAGAAAAGUGUCAUCUGUAAAAGCACAUCGACAACAAAGUCAAACAAGAAUGGAGAGAGUGGGCAACCCUGACGAACACCACUUGAGGUAAUCAAUUCUGAUGACAGUUCGCCAUAAGCUCUCACUCGACCAGUUGUGUUCGAGUAGAGAGCCUUUACAAGGUUAAUGUACUUAAUGGUACUCCUUUCAGUGACAAACACUGCCAUGGAACCUCACGAUCAACAAAGUCGAAUUCUGCCGUAAGGUCGAGAAAUACUACGAUUGUGGAGCGUCUGAACGUGUGCCUGUGUUCUAGAAUCUGACGUAGUGUGAAUAUCUGGUCUAUACAACCACGUCCAAGUCGAAAACCGGCCUGAUUUUCUCAAGUCUGCUCUUCACGAGCUUUGGUUAGACGUCAAAGUAUUAUUGAAGCUAAUAUUUUAGAUACUAUAUUAGUCAAACUGAUUCCUCUGUGAUUGUCACAAGAGGACUUUUUUUCCUUUCUUAUAGACUGGAACAAUCAGUGAUUGAGACCAGUCAGAUGGGAUUGCGUCCAGUUCUCAAAUUCUACCUAAGACCUCAGUUAAUCUCACUGCUAAUACUGGACCACCAUCCUUAAAAAUCUCAGGAGUGAACCUGUCAGGGCCUGCUGCUCUCACUUGCUUCAGAUUUCCUAUAGCUUUUUCAACUUCGUAGAGUCGGAGGACCUACAUUAACUUGCCAUUCAGGUUGACUGGAGAUCAUGGGAAACCGAAGUGUGACUGAAGGCCAGUUGAACUGAUCCCUGAAGUGUUCUGCCCAUCGAUCCGAUCUCCUGGAUUGAGAAUGAACGAUGUAUCCGUCUUUUCCGAGAUAUUUUCCUAAACAGUUGGGUUCCUAAUACCGGUUUCCGUAACGAGUCUGAACAAUUGUCUGCUAUUACCUAUUGCCGCUGCGUUUUCCAUCUCUCUUGCUUUCGCUGCCCACCACUGUUCACGAUCAUUGCGUAGGCUUCUUGUCAGCUUGCGCUUAAGCUAACUCCGCUCUUCGUUAUGUUCAGAUCCAGAUGGAAUGAGUUUUCGCGCAUCUAUCAGUGCGGUAGAUGCUGCUGAGAUCCAGUGUUGCUCCCUAACCUUGUGGUAUACCGUAAUAGCAGAUUUCAUUGCUGUUUCCACAGAUUUUCGGAUAUCAUUCCAUGCUGCCUCGGAGUGGGCAUCACCUACAUGGCUGCCUAACUGUUUUCCUAGUUCCUGAAAUAUACUCCUAGCUUGACUAUCAUUAAAUAGGACCCUAAGAGGUUUCCUUGCAGCGUCUUUCUUACGUCCAGUAAGACGCAGGCAAGGAUCAUACUUAGUUUUUGUCUGUUUGAUAGGUUUAAUGGGGUGACAAAUGAAAUGACUUACUAUCCAACAACCAAACGAUGAUUAAAUUCAUCUCAGUGGUUACAUCUCUAAUUAGAACAUUAAGAAUUACGACUUUCAGAGAAACAUAAGGAACGUUAAAUAACUAGUGCAACUUUUUGCUGAAUACAAACUAAACAAAAGAUUUUAAAUUUGGGCACCCAGUCAUUUACUUACAAAUAUACAAGGUAAAUACGCUAAACAGUUUUGUCUCUAUAUUUAAUUCAGUAGUCAAUAUAAUUCCUCGUCCUUAGUAUGUGAUCAAGCUCUAAAAGUCAGUCAUGAUAAAUAAUGAUCAUUUAUUUCACCGAUUCGUUCCUCUGUUUUCGCAUUCUCUAGUAUUCCUUUCAGAAUGAUAGAUUUGGUUUACUUCCUUUUGAAUCCGUGAAAUCCCAUAUGGUUUGUGACUAUAAUUGAAAUGGUUCAAACCGAUCACAGAGUCCCAAAUGCAUUUUUUUAAUCAUCUUCCUCCAAAUCUCGAACCAGUAUUAUCGCUCGUACUUCUCAUUUUCUUAUUUAAUUAGUCUCUUUUGGACUGUGUUUAGUUAACUGUUCUGUUGUAUCUUGAAUAGGCACUUCAUUCGUUUGUUCUUGUAGUGACUGGUUCUGGGUCCUGGUUGAAUCUAUUCCAUUGGUAUCCUAAUUCGUUGGGCUUACUUGGUUUACUGUUGAUGGGUUUGGUGUUGCACGGUAGAUUAAUAAGAAUUUUUGGAUUACAUCCUCCACCUCUCUUUCUCCCUCGGCUUUAGGUAGUUUUUUUUAGUGUCGACAAAUCUCUUAAAUUGUCAGUUUGACUGUGGAUGAUAGGAAAUGUCUUGAUAUUUUUAACGGCAUUGUCAAUACAAAAUUUCAAAGAUUCCGAAGUAGACUAAGUUCCAUUAUCAGAUACUAAUACUUCUGAAGACUCGAAACAGGUGAAUACUUGUUGUAACUUGUCCACAGUAGCUUUAGCUGAUGUAGACUUCAUGCAACGAACUUCUGAACAUUUAGAAAAGGCGCCAACAGUUGGCAUAAACUAUUUUCCAUUUAUAGAACUAGGAGAAUCCAUGUGCACCGUAGACCGUGAGUAUGUCAGUGUUCCCUAACUGCAUAUUUGUGUCUUCCUAGGGGAUUUAGCUGCGUUUUCACUUGCGCAACACUUUUCAACAUAUUCAAUUUGAAACCAGGACCCAGAACCAACCACUACAAGAACAAGUGAGUGGAAUACCAAUUCAAUGAGUGACAUGGUACAUUGUAUAAACAUUAAGCAACUAAAUUAUGUUUAUGUAUUACGUUUAUCAUAAGCUUUUGGCUAACCCAUAAACUAUUAUCAUUCGAUUUACUAUUCUUAAUAUCUGACCAGUCUAUUACUCACAGUUUUCCAUAUUCACAGCCACUUUUGUAUAAUUAUGUUCUUUAUUUCACGAUGUGGUGUGGUGCGUUAUGUCUGUAUAUAAACCAUGUCUGUUUGAAGCACAAAUGUAGUAGAGGCUUGUUACUGACUUUCGGACUUAAAGGCAGGGCAUAGAGAGAAGCUUGCAAAUAGUGGUCCAAUGAGAACUUGGCUGCUGAGUCAAGAUUAAUGUUGCUGGUCGAACGUGUAAUUGUCCAAGUCAGAGAAAUUAAGCAAUCGUAAAUGGUAGACGCGAAAUAGAUCAAAGUGGAAUCAAUUCUGAUUAGUGGCUUGUCACAUAAUUCUAGUCAGCAGACAUUGGAAACAACAUGUAUCCUGUUUAUUAUCUCUCCAACUCUUGGUUUCCAUGUCUUUAAUGUCUCCUCCUUAAAGCAGUGUAGAGUAUGAUACGUUAGCCGAUAUACGUCUACUCCAUAUCGUUAGUGUUAGUGAUUGACAGGUUGACUAGAUUAAUUUAGUUCAAUUUAGUAAAGCCAUUGCCCCCAAAUGCCUUGGUACGACCGAGAGUGGGAAGAGUCAGCUCUCCCUCUCGAAAUGUUCUCACAUGGCCACGUGCAUACAACAACUGCCGGGGAAGUCCUACUCACUGCCUUCUCGCGGCGUUACUGUUGUUUAAGAAAUUGAGAGGACGAAAAGCGAGUGUCCGGCGCUUUAACCGGAUUGGUGGACACGGAGAGUUCAUCUAGGGGAGUUGACAAACCCCGCUUCCAAACCGAUGGUGCACAUGGGCUUCAGUAUCCUGAAGGAAAUAAUGGCAUAUGAACCAAUCGUUGGUGACCGGCUACCAUGGGACUGCAUCUGCUUACGUUGCUCCACUGCCUUUUGGAUUAGACCUCUCGGUUAAAGGCUCCGGGUGUGAUCCCUAAGAAAACCACAUGGUUCGGUUUCAGCACCCGGGCUGUAAUCCAGCCCUCAAAAAGUUGAAUGAUUUAUCUCGCGCAUGUGUAUUUGGUGCCUCCUUGUACCAAUGUUUAUGUGUUUAAAUAAAUAGUAAAGUCACUCCAACUUGGUAACCAUCUUUCGCUUUUUGUUAAUUGAUGGAGAUGACCAUUAGUGUGUGCUUAUGAGAGCUAGGUUUUUUAAAUAACAUUAACAUCAGUUUCUUUCUUCUCUGUAAGCUUAUAUUAUUUACAAACGACAUAUAGAUGACGAAUUUCGAAUUGACGUGUUUCUUUUUUCUAUAUUUAUCAGAUUUCGGUCGAUAUAAAUGAUUUACCUUUGAGUAAAGACGAAAAUGAAAUGAGUAACAUAUCUCAGGUGAGAAGUAAGAUUCCUGUUACUUUGCUAAAAUCGCUAUCAUUCGAUGUAUUGAUUGAAGUAUGGUAGUAGUAGUAGUAGUUCUUUAUGGAAUAAACCUUGUUAAUUAAAUUAAAUUUCUUUCAUAAAUACAGGUUAUUUCGAAAAGAAUUUUCAGUAUAUUGCAUAAGAUAUUCAAUUUGUCGUCAAGUUCACUUAUUGUACAUUGUAACUUGAUUUUGACCAGCUAUAUUUAAUGAUGAUUUCUAAAUCAAUCCUCAUUUACAAUUAAUAUCUUUUUUUUCCUGGUGAAAACGAUAUUAUAGCUUUCUCUUAAAUUUAUUUAUUUUCCUGUACAUAUUUAUAGGCACGAUUAUGUUUGGGUUCGAUCAUGUUUCUUACAAUAAGAUCUAUAUUAUUGUUAAAAUUCGUUAAUUGUUUCCUUAAAUCCCCAUUUAAGGGUAAUUCGUUUCAUUACUCAAUUUUCAUUAUAAUGCUAUAAAUCGACUACCUGGAUCAUCAACAUCUUGGUCAGAUCAAUGUAGUAUGUAGUAAUAAAACUUUUUUUAUUUAACAUCAACUUUAUUUUCUUAAAUAUUGUAUAAAUGUAAACUAUGUACAUUAUCAGAUUAUUUAGACCAUUUAUUUGACUUGACUUGAAAAUAUACUUAUUGAGAAAGAUACUGAUUUGAUAAAAUGCACACAUUUACUAUGGUAUGUUAGUAUCCUAUCUUAAUUUUCCACUUUUUUAUGUUUUCUUAUUUGUCAUUACCUUAUCUAAGCUCAUUUAGCUUAAAAAUAAUAAAGUAAUUUCAUUGAAAUCACGAACCGAUCAAAGUUAGACAGCCAUUAAAAACCUAGAGGCACUGGAAGGAUGUUUUAUCUUAGUGUGGGAUUCCUCAGGUUGUCGAACUUUGAUCGGUUCGUGAUUUCAAUGAAAUUCAAUAAUCUCCACAACUCUAUACUACUGACAAUAAAGUAAUUGUUUUUGUCACAAUAUCAAUUGUUAUGAAACUUUAUCUAGAAUGAGAAAGAUGAGUGAAUUUAUAGGUCUAAAUGUUUUGCUGAAUCAAUACAUCUGUUAAAAUAUGUUUUCACUUCAUUCCUUUCCUUUUUUUGUCAUCGUGAUUUUAUCAAGACUUUCAAUUUCGCUUACUCAUAACUUCCAGGUUUGGAAUGAUUGUUCAUCAGUAUCAUUUACAAGAUAACACUUUUGAUAGACUAUUUCAUAUUGUACAAAUAAAGCAUUAAGUAUAUUAUAACUUAACUCUGAUACAUGUAAUAUGGUUGACGUUUGUUUUAAAAAUAUUUAUUUAAACAUAAACAUUGGUAGAAGGCGGCACUAUAUAUAUAUUGCUAGCUUCUAAGAAUUGAACGUGAAAUUCUUCUACUAAUUUGUUUUACCAGACACACUGUAUAUCUGCGUCCUCUAUAAUCUGCCAAUGUAUCCUACUUUAUAAAAAUGUUGCGUAAUUCGACUUGAAAUCGGACUAAAUGGCACAAAUUCAUUGUCCAUCUAUGAAUCCUAAUUUUUUUAUUUUGCUCAGUACAUUUUAAUUCCCGAACUUAUUCGUUAUUUUCAAAGCACAUAUUCUAUUUCUGAUUCCCUUUCAUUGAUAUUACUUCUAUUCGACGUUUUAAAAAAAUUCAUCUAUUUAAUUUCAUCUCACUGUGCUAAAGUCGUUUAGGAAUUCGGGCUAAAGUACAUUUUGGCCUAGUUCUGCGUUGCAUAUGAUAGUGACUGGCAACUUUUUGAACGGUAAAAUUGACUAAUACAAUAUGUGAGAGUGACUUUAAGCUAAUCCAACUGAUAAUUUACUCACAAAACCAAUCUUUGAAUGUUUAUCAAAUAAACAUCAUACGAUUGAUUUACUAGCCAACUAACUGAAUUAAAGUUAUCAUUUCUACAUAAAAUUCUACACUUUAUUCUCACUUGUUAAUUGUUACCAAUCUUGAAGUCUAUUUAAAAAUUCUGGCCUGUUUUUCAUAACUUUACUCGAUUGUGUUUAACGAAAUGACAGUGAUUUCAUUGUCUCUUUCACUGAAGAUGGAAAUCAUUAUCGUUUCAUUUAUUGAUUUUUUUCCUUAAUGAUUUGAUUUAUUUUACAUGGUGAAUAUAAUAUCCAAUUAACUGUUUCAGUUAAUGAGACUACUUUUUUUAAUGAUACAAUGGUCACUAAAAAAAUGAUUCAUUUCAUAAGCAAACAACUGAACCUCAAUACUAGUUUAUACGUCACCUAGUAUAUUUUCUGAUAUUCAUGUGAUUAUUGUAGACUUCAUUUUCGAUUUUUCUUAGAAACUGUUGCAUAUCAGCUAAGCUUAUGGUUAUGAAUUAGGUGUAUACGUUGAAGGAACAUCUGUAGAAUAUAUUAAGCUUUAGGAUUGGACAAUUUUCGGUCGAUAUAUAUAUAUAUAUAUAUAGUGUAUGCCCAUCUACUGUUUUUUAAUGCUUUUAUUGGUUUCCAUGCUAUUAGAGAUGAUAACACACAUGUUUACGUCUAUACCAUGCAUACAUGUCCAGAUGUACACAUGAUAUCUGUCUACAAUUAAUAAUUGUAGUGUAGUAUCAGUUUUUAUUCUAUGGUAAAGUAACUAAGUAAACUAUUUAUUAUUUUGUAAAAAUACACUAGUCUUUCGUUGUUAUCAAUUCGUAUAUAUUAUGUCUUGUAACAUUAUUGUUUAUAUCGUUAUUUUUUAUCUUCGGGGAAAGUAAACUACAGACUAUGAUAUUUUGUUGUUGUUGUUGGACAUAGAAAACAACUAAAUGAUUCUGUAGUUAACUGACUGAUGAUACGAAACACAUUUUUGGACUGGAGAAAAAAAAUAAAAACACGUCACAUGUGCUAAAAAAGCGACGACAUUAACUAGUCGAUUCACGGUCAAAAUGACGUACUCUAUUUUGGUUGGUGGUAAUGUAGACUUAUUUCUUGAUGAACUUCAUUAUUUCUUCGUUGGCAUUUUUUCUAUGGACCUAUUAGUAGAAAAUCCAGUUAGUUUUUUGAAUUGUAGUAUUUAUGAUUAUUAUUGAGAUCACGAUCUGUUCAAGUUAAAAAUCUACUAAAAACCAGUUAGCACUGAACAGCUGUUUUGUCCUAGUCACAAUGCGCAUCCGCGGUCCCACCAUUUGAAAUCGAAACUAUGACCUUCAGGUCUUGCGGAUAGCUCAUAACCUUCGGACCACUGGAUGUCUGACUUCAAUCAAUUUGUACGACCAUCUUCGACGGUAACUACGUCAGACCUAUAGAAGAGUCCCACAGUACAACGAGACGGCUCUAUGAUUUGGUCACUAAGAGUGAAUCAGAGGCCACUUAGACUUUUUUUGUACAAAUUUGAUAUGACAAGUAGACCCAAAGACCAAGUCUUAUAUUGUGAAAGAAAGGUGUUGGGGGAUCCAAGGUAUUCUUAAAAAAAGUCCGCUGGGAAACAUUUUAUCUAAUCAGUAUUGAAUGGAAGUUUCCCAAAAACAUCUAAAAAGUGAAGUUAUAUAUUGCAUUUCUAAUUGGAUGAUUACUCACUGUGCUACUAUGUUCAGUACGGUUUCAGAAACCCAAGGCCAUCUGAAACUGAAACACUAUAAAGAGCCUCGAUUUUGCUGUACAUAAAUUAACCUUCGAGUAAAGCAUUCUCACAUUUCACGCCUUUUCUCUGGCGUUCGCGUUAUCUUGCAGAAUUAGCCUGGGUUUAUUAAAAGAGCUUAGGAAAUCGAUUCAAGCAUUCAAUUGGAAGUUUAAUUCCUAUAUCUGUCCUUAUUUCAGUAGUUUUUGCAGUUCAAUGGAUUUAAUCGUUAAGAAUUUAGGUAACAUCUGGAAUUACAGUUGUUUGUUGACUGAUAAAAUGUUAUUGCAAAUAUAGUAAUAUCACAAUUGACUCUUCAUAACAUACAUCGUCUGUAACUUAGACGAGUUGUCACAAAUAACAUAUUAGAAAAGUAAUUAUUGUAUCAUUCUGUGUUACUUUAUGACUGUAAACAUUUUUCACUAUGGCUGAAAAUGAUAAAGGUAGUGACUGUUUGUCUUGGAACUCUAAUCGAUAUCACGUGACGAUUCCAUCGGUCAGGAUCCUAAGUACACUUUUUCGAUUCCACAUCCACUGUCUUAUCUCUUGCCUAACGUCUUAAACUUCAACAAUUAUCCGUUCUGAUAUGCAUAGUUUACUACUAAAUGUACAGUAAAAAUAUAACUAAUAAUCGAAACGUAUUUUCGGAAGUUACGACUUUUCUAAAACUCGUUCCGUUUGUUUAUUAAUGUUUUAUUUUCUGUCAUUAGCGCUUCAUUUAUCAAUGAGUAUAUUAUUCAGCAAACGAACUCGGUUUGUUAAUGAAGUUGUGAAUGCUGACUAAAUGAUCGGAUUUAUAAAAGAGACGAAGGCGAGACUCUUAUUUAUGGACGAACCUUGAACGAAUCUUAAAUGACCUUGACAACUAUUAGCUAAUCAGAAGACAGUACAAAGUAAAAAUAUAAGAAACUAAUGAAUUACAGUGGAUAUUCUUUUUUUACGUGAUUUAAAAACUUAUUAAGGUUUGAUAAAGGUUCAGAUGUUCUGAAAUCAUAAUGCAUACGAUAUAGGAACUCGUUCAUAUGGCUCCAUAAUAGUCAUCCUCCAGAGCCGUGGUACGGUCUUAAAAAUUCCUUCAAUCUCGACCACGUGGCUUCAAUGUUGUUAGUAUGAACUCCAGUAGUAGGGUCGACAAAAUGACGUUUAUGCACUACGACAUGAUGGACAUACCAAAGUCUAUGAAGGCAUCUAUUCGCUCUCCAAUCAUCUGUAUAUACCGUAGUGCCCGGCUGCACGUAUUCCUGUAUAAUUGUGCUUGCUUGCCGGUCUCUGACCCUCUGAAAAUGCUCCUUUUGCGUUGAUCGAUCAUAAAUUCCACGUACCUGUCAAGUAUAUUUACGGAAGUGCUACUUACCCAAUCUUCCUUGAUACUACGUCCCCUGUUGUAUUUUCGCUUUGUCACUACUGUUUUAUCUAUUUCCACAAUACUUUCUACUUCGAAUGAUUGGUGUAGACGUGUCAUUUUAAGCGCACAUGUAUCACGAAAAUGCUCAUACCACUGGACGACUGAAGUUUCAGUAACAUCUGCAAACGCCACAGCUAGUGUUACUGGUGCCUUUAUUAUCCAAUUUGCAACUAUUAUCAUGAUUUGCCUCAGUCGCGAUCGAGCGAGGAAAGUCCCCGUCCGAGCAGAAUUUUUUCUCCAACAUAAAGAGCAACGAAAUACAAUCUCAUCACGAUAGUCUGCACACUGUACUGCAGUCAUUUGAUAACCGCAUUCACAGGUGCAGGAACUUCUUAGUAGUCUCAUCUCUUGUAGCCGCUCAAUAAUCAUCUCUUCUCUGAAAUCCGCUCUAAAUCGAUCGUAUGUGAGCAUCAGGUGUUGAACUUGGCUCCGUGACCUUGAAAUUCCCCAAACGCUUCUGAUUGGCUCGUCCAUAAAUUAGAGUCUCGCCGAGACGAGAUAGCCAGAUCAAAACGCAUCAUUAAUUCAUUUGAUCAUUACUUGGUAGUUUAUAGUUUACAGGAAUAUAUGUAUAUUCCCUCUAAAUUCAUUCCACAAGUAAGUUAUGGUUAAGUAGUGGAAGAGAUUUCAAGUGCUACUUGUAGAUCGAUUGAUCUCCGUAAGGCAAAUGCAUUCAUCUUUGCCUAACUCUUGAAUAACUUAUUAUCCUGUAAAUGUUAUCUUUUAUCUUAUGUUUCCUGGUCUUGUUUACUUCUAUUCACAAUAAUAAUUUGUUAUGUGGUUACUUGGUUCGCUACACGAAUAAUAAUUGCUUUUACAUCUGUUCAUUUGAAGGUGAGAUAUUCAAUAAUUCACGAUUGUUUUUUCUUUUCAAUUUCGACAAGAAUCUGUAUGAAAUAGAAAAAAAAGAAAUCAUCAAUAAUUUUUAUUUGUUUUAUGCAUAAAUUCGCGCGCAACGCUCACUACUGUUGGAGACUGUUGGGAGAAAGUUAGGGGCGGCCAAACUAAAACAUGGCAUCUGUCACUGAAGUCAUUAACUUCUGGUCUGAGCCUUGUUGGUAGAUGUAGACUACUUGGUUGGGAUUCGCGUGACUAUCGUAAUCAAUGGUUGGAGAUUCUGGGUGACAUGGCCCAGAAUCGGUCACAAUGGCGUAGGUGCAUACACUAUUUGUCUCUUAAACCAUGAGAUUAAAAUUACUUUAUACCUUUCUGUGAAUUAAUUCUUUCUUCAUGCAUUAUAUCCUUAUACACAAUGCUUCUUUUAUAUAUUACUACAAUUGAAGUAAACACUUCUGUGAGUUUGGUGAUCAUCUUGCUGUGCUGAUGAGGUGUGGCAACUUGGACGGAUGCAUAUAUGUGCAUGGACCUACGUUAUAGCUGAUUGACUGCAUAAGAUUUUUUUAUUUAGAACAUAUUGUUUUAUUACUCAUAAAUUACAAAUUGAAAUUUUGUUUUGUAGAAUGCACAUAGUUUAUUAACUGUUUGUUUAACAACUGGUAAUCAAGAAUCAGAGACUUGUUUACUGGCACCAACAUCUCUUGGAGUUCGAUCAACAUCAAUUUGGUUAGGCAAAUUAGCAGGUUAUUUGGUUAGCCUAUCGAUAAAACGUUGUCCCCCGACACAUCGAUCUAUCCAACAGUUGGAUCAAGAAUUAAUGAAUGAAGUCAAUCAGUCACGAAGUCGUCACCAAAGUCGUGGUUCAUCUAUUUCGAAUACUUCCAGUAUACCAAAUGAUUUAAACAGUCUAAUUGAAAAUGAAUUUAACACCACCAAGUGUUGUGCUGAAAGUGUCUGUCCAGAAUUGUCCGAGUGUACGAAUACCGCUGUACCGAAAUCGGAUAAUGAUGGUAGGUGAAGAUUAGGUAAAACCCAUUGUUUUUUCUCUAUAUAUACCAGUUUAUUUUUCAAGCACCGUAUAUUACUUUAUAAGAACUAAUUUGUAGUAGUUCUGAAAUUCAUUCCUUUCAAUAAAUUUGACUAGUCACAAGUUCGUUUAUAUAUCUAGCUUGUCAUUAAUUCUAAAAAAUAAGUUCCCACUUUAUUAUGUGCAGAACUCAUUAUACUAGAUUUAAUAUAUAUAUUUUGUCCCAUUGCUAAUAUUUUCAGGUAUACAUAUCCCAAUAUGUUGGGAUACUUACGCUGAAGUUUGUAGACAGUUAACGCUUAUUUUGAAAAGUCGUUGCUGAGUCAUAACAUACAGUAAGAGUUCUGAAUUGUUUCUAGGUGCGGUUUGCUGAUUUCACUGUGUGAAGAGAAACUGCAAGUCUGGGAUAUAAAUAACUUUCAGCGAAGAAACAUCACUUUGCGAACAUCUGAAAUCGGAUGUAAAUAAUGAGCCAUGUGAAGUAGUACGCAGCUGUCCUACCAGAAGUAGUUAUAAGGAUAUGGUUUAAACUGGUGACCAUAUGCCUGGUAAGUUCAUUAUUUGUCCACAUCCUGAUUUAUUAUCAGUACACUUAGCCAUAAUUGGUAAUCCUCCAGGUUUCUAAAGGUAAUAAAUUUAUGGUUUAACUGUUAUACAUCAGUUUAUUUCAAAAACAACUUAAAUCCAUAACAUGAUUUAUUCUAUCGACUUUACUGAGAGGUGGUAUCAGCAAGGAGUUUCUAACGGCUAACAAGAAGCAUCCACCUUCCAUCAGAUAAUAUGAGAUAUCAGAAAAUAUCGGCCUUAAAAUAUCAAUAUCCCUUCUUGUUCUUUGGAUUCUCGGCUCCGAAUUAAAAUGGUCGUUCUCCAUCAAUUUCAAUUGUUUAGCUUCUGUAGUCACACUCUGAUCGGCAAAGCCGUCACUUCUGACCCACCCUCUUUAUUAGCUCCCUUAAAAAGAAAUUGCCUUGUGCAGUGAAAACUUCCAAACAUCUAAACGCCCCUAAUAGAGCACCUCAUGGUUUUAAGUGUUGGGAGUAUAAUUUCUUUACUCAAUUAAUUUAUUAUUGUACACUUAAAAUCUUAUAUAUCUAGAUUUUUCCAAUUUUUUAGAAUUUUUGCAUAACAUGCUUAAUCGGUCAUUCGCAGCUGUCAAAGGGAAAACAUUGUUGUUAGUAGUCUUGUUAGAGUUAUGAAGUCCGUUUAAAUUUCGUUAAGUAAUUUGAUUUUUUUCUUUUCGACAACCCGAGAUAAUAGAAUUCUGUAUUUUUACGGACAAAAAGAAUAAUCUUUAUGCUUCGACAUUUUAUCAGUUAUUUAUAUAUGUAUAUAGGUGUGUUAAUGUAUUCGUAUCUUUUUUUGUCGAGAUUUUUUUUCUAUUGUUUCAUAUGUUUUUUCAUCAAAAUAUUAGAUGAAGUAACCCGUACAGUAACCGGCAGUUCUGCUUCAAAUUUAGCGCGAGCCAUUGUUGGAUCGUCUUUACUUCAUCAAUCAUUCACUGAUCAAGUCUAUCAAAGCGAAAUUCUCUGCAUUAGUCAUAAUGAUGGUACAGGCCAGGAUUUCCCAUUACGUAUGUUAGAAGCUCGGUCAAGUUUUGGCAUUGGACAAUUGAGUUGUAAUUCAAAGCAUUACAUUGCAAUUAUUGGCGGUUAUAAUCGUAAAGGUUGUUUAGAUAGUAUGGAAUUAUUCGUUGAAAACAAUAGUAAUCAGCAGUAUGAAUCAUGUAACGAUGAAGAUUCACCUGUAUCUCCUCCUAUUAUUGGUCCACGACUGACAAAACAAAGAGGUCGGUUAGCUGUAGUAUCCAGUUACUUACAAUCAUUUUCUGAUUUUCCUGAUAUAAUUUAUGCUUGUGGUGGUUCGACAGGCUCCAAGGAUUUAGCAUCUGUAGAUAAACUAACAUGUGAGGCACUGGGAUCCUGGCUUAUCAAUCAUGAAGUGGUAACCAAAAGCCAUCAUGAUAACUUUGACGAUCACGUUUAUACAAACGGCUCUCGGAAAAGUUCUGAUUUCCGUACACGAACAGAUUCAAUAGCACAUAGUCAUGCGUCUUCAAAUGGAUGUGGUCUAUCAAAUGUUACAUUUUGGCAAACGAUAAAGAGUUUACAUGAAGCUCGAACUAAUCCAGUUGGUGUAGAUCUUAGUGGACUUCAACAAGGACCGCUUACCACAAAUACAAAGGGAUCAGUCCUUAUUGCUGGCGGAGUAUCAGACGCACAGUUUCUAUCUUCUGUUGAAGCCUACAUUCCAGAUAGAGAUGAAUGGAUUUAUAUGCCAUCCAUGUUACAGGGUCGUUGUGAAGCAUGUGCUAAUGUUUUGACAUCACGAAAUCUAAUUGUUGUUAUCGGUGGAGUUGUCAAUACAAACACUAUGUAUAAUACUAGUCAAAAUGUAACUGUUGAAGCAUUAGAUCCUCGUUGUGAUACUUGGUUUUAUAUUCCUAAUACAUCAGGCAAUUCAUUCGGACAACUUCGUGGUGCCAGUUUAACAUAUUGUCCGAAUUCUAAAGGUCAGUAUAUUCUAUUUUAAAUCUUAUUUAUUUAUUAUUUAUUUGAGCACCAGAUACAUAUGCGCCACACCGAGGUAGAUAAGUGAUGUUGUAUAUAAAUAAAUAGUAAUAAUAAUAAAGGUGAAUUUGAAAUGUUCGAAUUCUGAUCGGAGCGAGCAUAGUAUUUUGUGAAAUAAUUAUAAUCUCAUCGAAUUCGCGUAAGGGCUGUGAUACUGCCCGGGUGCCCAGACCGAAGCAGGUGGUUUUCUCAGAGGGCCACACCCCGAGCCUUUGACCGAGAGGUCUGACCCACAAGGCAAUCAAACAACGUAAGAUGUAUUCCUACGGUAGCCGAUGACCAAUAGUUGGUUCAUACGUCAUAUAUCCCCUCAGGAUACUGGAGCCCAUGUGCAUCAUUGGUUUGGAAUCAGGGUUUCCCAACUCCUCUAGGUUGAUCCUCCGUGUCCACGAACCCGGUUAAAGCGCCGUACAUUCGCUUUUCGUCCUCUCGAUUUCGUUAACAACAGUAAUGCCACGAGAAGGCAGUGAGUAGAACUUUCCUGGUAAUGGCUAUAUACGUGUGACCAUGUGAGAGCAUUUCGAGAAAGACAGCGGACUCUCCCUACUCUCGACCACACCGGGGCAUUUGGGGGGAAUUUUAAAUCUAUACAAAUUUAAAUAAAUAAAUAGUUCAUAUUUAUUCGAAUACAACUAGAAACAUUUCAAUGUUUCAUUAGUGAAUUAUUAUGAUUUAACAAUAAACAAACUAAUUUAUUAGUAUACAAAAUCAGUUAUUUUUCUUAACAAAGAAUUUUUUUCUACACAAAAUUACUUAAUUAAAACAUACUUAUGUAAUGAAUUAACUUCAAUUAGAAAUUCUUUAAAGUUCUCAAUAAAACUUUGAAAUCGGUUUAAUUUCAUAUUAACUGAUUAAUUUUCUCUAAUAAAUCACCAUUCUUUCACUUUUGAUCAUUUUUUUUAAUUUUUUAUUUGGAGAGUAGAAUGAUUUUUUGUUUGUUUUCUUCCUGGUUACAAUUCUAAACUUGUCUGUCUAAAGUUGUUUUACAUUGAUUGCUCUCUCUCUCUCUCGACCUAUUUUACUGUUGUGUAGUUGACAGAAAAUAGUACUAACUGUUACAUAAUUAAAAGUUUCAAAUGCAUAAAUCUGUACUGAAUAAAUAAAUUCGGUUAACUUAUGGAUUUAAUAGGGUUAUAUCUUCUAAGUUACAUGGUUAAAUGAUAGAACUUUCAUUAUCUGUCUUAGCAACAACAUCAUAAGCGCCUACUAUUCAUCCAUUUAAACUUCAGAUCUGCUUCUUCUUCGCUAACUUAUCUAUUUAAAUAACCAGUUUACUAUUAUAUCCAAUUGUAUACUACACUAUUCGUUUGUUACCUUUUAGCUAUUUUAUAAAUUUUAGUUACUUUAGUAUUUUUUUUCCCUUUUAUGAAAUUUAUUCAUCUUUUCGCAAAUCUUACAGUGAAACAUUCAUCAUUUUGUUUAUUUCUCUCUGGAGGAGAAUUUUGUUCAUUCCAGUUCAUUAAAGUUCACCAGUGAUCAAUUAAGUUGAUCAUAUAUACAUAUAUAAUAAGUAGUGUUUAUCGGUUUUUACAAAAUAGUUUAUGUUUAAAUCAAUCGGACUGUAUAAAUUAUAAUUACACAAUCUAUUCAAUUUAAUAAUCAUUCAAUUUCUUUUUUUUUUCUCUUUAAGACAAAUACAUCGUCAUUUUGUUUAAUUUUAAAUUGGUUGAUUAAAACACUGACACUGUCUACAGUAUUACUUACUUACUAACGUGUGUUACUCCUUGUGGAAGAGUGCAAGCUGCCCACUAACAUUCUCCAUCCAACUCUCUCUUGAACAAUCCCUUCAAGUUGCUAUCCAUCCUUUUCAUAUCUGCUUCCAAUUCCCAACGUAAUGUGUUCUUUUACUUUUCACUUUUUCGUUUCCCUUCACCAUUCCACGUUAGCGCUUGACACAUGAUGCAGUUUGAUGAUUUUCUCAAUGUAUGUUCUAUCCACCUCCAAUGUCUUUUCCUAAUUUCAUUUCAGCUGAAAGCCGGUUUGUUCUCUCUCACAAUAGGCUGUUGCUGAUGGUAUCCGGAUAUUGAGUAUGUUGCGUAGACAACUGUUUAUAAAUACUUGUACCUUCUUAAUGAUGGUUGUAGUAGUUCUCCAGGUAUCAGCUCUGUAUAGUAGGACUGUCUUGACAUUCAUAUUGAAGAUUGUGACUUUGAUAUCAGUUAACAGUUGUUUUGAGUUCUAUAUGUUCUUCAACUGUAGGAAUGCUGUCCUUUCUCUUUGCCAGUCCUCACCUUUACGUCUGUACCAGAUCCUUCUUGUUUAUUGAUAAUACUUCCCAGGUACGUGAAAGAUUCAACAUCUUCCAGAGCUUCUCCAUCAAGUAAGAUUAGGUGAGUGUUCUCCCAGUUGUAUUUGAGGAUCUUGCUUUUCCCCUUGUGUACGUUAAGGCCUACUGCUGCUACACUGUUUGUCUUGACCUGACCUGCAUUUGCUAGUGUGCGUGCGAUAGAAAAGCUAGGUCAUCUGCAAAGUCUAAAUCGUCUAGUUGAUUCCGAGCUGUACAUUAUAUUCCGUACCUGCCUUUCGAUGUCGAGGUCUUCAUCAAUCACUCAAGCACCAGAAGAAAGAGAGAGGGGAGAGACUAAGCAACUUUGUCUGACUCCGGUGACCACAGUAUAGAUAUUUAUUAAUUUUUUCCGUCCUGAGCUUAGACAAAAAAGAUGAUCUCUUAUGUUUUUACUAAACAACUGUAACCUAAGAUUGUGAUGAUUUAAAAACAGCACCAUUGAUUUUUUCACAUUAGCAUUAGUUUAAGUUCUUUCAACUGGAUUCUACUUUUGUCAAAUUUGUAGAUUGUCUUGUGAAAGUGAUAAGUUUUGUUUUUUAUAAUAUAAAUAGUAUUCUUUCGACUGUUACUAUUACUAAUAUUGCUAUUACUAUCGUGAAGAAUCUGUCAGUGGAACAUGAUAUGUACCCAAACGCUUUCCUUACAUAUUUGAAGUUAUCAUUUAAGUAAUAUAUAUAGAUAUCAUUCUGAAUUUAUGUAAAACAAUUGAAAUAUGUAUUCAUUCCUCCUUCCUUUCACAAGAUAAUAGCUAUCUAAACUAAAUUGAAUUGAAUGACCUAAUAAAAAACAAUUCUCUAUUAAAUCUCUAAUAUAAUGAUUGCAUAAAGUAUAUAUGUUAAUUUAAUUUCUUAAAAACUAUCCUUCAUUGUUCAUAAUGAAAAAAACUUUUGAUUAUUUUAAUGUAUGAAGCACAUGCCAACAUUAUUAAUCAUAACAACAAUUAUUAUUAUUAUUAUUAUUAUAGGUCGAAUAAUAAUAAUGAUAAUAAAAUACUUCAAUGUGAUAUUCGCUUUAUAUACUAAAAACCAAUUAAGAAUUUAAAGUGCUCUAUUAUUAACUUUCUGAAAUCAUCUAAUUUCAUAAAGUAAAUUAAGAGUAUGAAGUUAUAGAUGUUAUAAAGUUUUUACAGAUUUUGCAUCAUCAACUGAGUGACCUUUUCAUCCCUAUACUGGACUCCUCAGCUGACACCCAUCCAUGAUCAUGCACGAUAGAAUCGAAUCAAAGAACUUCAGUCUUCCACGCGAACGCUUAACCUCUAGACCAGUGAGCCAGAACGCAACGGUGUUAAUGUCUAACUUUAAUCAAUCCGUGACACUAGUCGACCAUCUUCCAUCGUCCUCGGUAGGUAAUCGCCUCACAUUCAACACAGUUUAGCUUCACUGGUCUUUACUUUGUAGGUGCGCACUGCUGAAAAGUCCCAUACUAGGAUUGAACGUCUAUUUAGUGCUUCCAUAUUUUCAUUGGAGGGUCUAACCUAGAUUGGUUCAUGAUAUCAACACCAUUAAAUUAAAUUUAACCAAGUCUUUUAGCUACACUUUUUGUUUUUUUUUUGUACUGUAGAAGGUAUGAAGAGUAGUGAUAUUGACAUUCCGUUGGCAAGUCAAAUACCGUUUGACCCUCACCAUUAUACUCAUCAUUUAUGAUUUUUGUGCGGAAUCAAUUCAUUAGUUUUAAGGACAAUUAAGAGUAGAUAACAUUUUCGAUAAUCGAUGUAACUCCGUUUUUGGAACCAAGCUCAAUUGUACAAUGUUAAUUAAAGACAUGAUACAGUUACACUUCGAAUCUCAAAUUAUAUUAACAUCCAUUCAAGAUCAUAUCAACUAACAUGUUUUACAAUCAAUGUUACGUUUAACAAGUGUGUAAUGUUUAUUUCAACUUAUUUUAAAUAAUCGGGUUUUUUUUAUGAAGUGAAGUUUUGGUGUUAGAAUUUCGUCAUAUUGUUAACUUUUUCUCCAUAUUGACAAACUUAUUAUUUUUCUUAAGAAUUAGAAUUACUUUGUUUUGAAGCAGUGAUUCAUGUUACAUCUGUCUAUUUUUACAGUUCUGUUUAGUCGGUUGGCAUGAGUUCGUAUUCCUCAGGGGAUUAUCAGUGCCCACAAAAUUUGGUUUGUUAAUAAAUGUCAACUAGCUUUAAACCCCUAGGUUAAGGAGAGAUUUAUAUUAAUCUUUCGAAGAUUUAUAUCACACAAUUAUUCUUUUCAUUUCGGUGUUUUUAUUUUACAAUCUAUAGAUAAUUUGCUAUUAGUUGGUGGAUAUAAUGGUCAUGAAACGUUAGAUACUACAUGGAUAUUUGAUUCAGUUGCUUGGAAAUGGCGUUCAGGACCAAAUUUAAUAUUUGCUCGUUCUAGCUGUUGUACAACAUUUACAUCAGAUCAACGUUAUAAUUUAGUAUUUGGUGGUUAUAAUCCAUUGAAAUUUAACACUGGAUUUUCAGAUACAAUUGAAAUGAUCUUCUAAACAAAAUAAUUAUUUUUCUUACUUUUUUGUUAUUCUGUUAGUCCUUUUAUGUUAUUACUUCAUUUGUUUCUGUUUUUGUUUUUCUAAUCCUUAAUCACACUGAAUGGCGUUACCGGUUCUGUUUGGUCUCAUUAUAUUAUACUGUUGUUUAUACCUCUCAUUUGUGUAUGUCUAGCUAUCAAAAUGUCUAUGUCAGUAGUGUUCACAUGAUAUGUCACUAUUUUAUGUUUUGAAGGUAAUUUCACAUGACUUACACACAUACACACUGUCUAUGUAUGUAUGAUACAUAGUUGUGUGAUAAAAAAGUUUUAUGUGCGUGCACACUUUCUUUUGUGUACUAGAGUUUUUAUCUUUCCUUCAAUCUUACCAGUAGUAGACUAUUUCAUCAUUCAUCUGGACGUAUAUUCAUCAAUAACAGUAAAUAAAAUAUUGUAGACUGUAAUUUGAUUUGCCACUCAUACAUAACCGGGUAUCGUAUAUAUAUUCAAGCUGCCAUACCGUUUCGAUGUAGCGAUGUCAAUCUAGUAAAACCAAUUUUAUAGUAGUCGAAGUAGUAGUGUAGCGUAUGCUACUUAUGUCGAUAGACGUAUGUAGUAUGUAACAUAAACCGGAAGUGGAAAGACUAGCAGCAGAAGGCUAAGGAGAUUGAGUUGAAGCGAACUGAAUGAAUAAUAGAAAGGAAUUGUACACUGGAAGAAUCAUACAGAAGUGUGAAGAAAAAUGAUGAAAAUUUGCAAGUGAAGUAUGCAUAUUUUACCAGGAUAUUCUGUAGCUUUGUAUGAAACAAUGAAUUGGUUGUCCCUACUUGAGUUCUCGUUCAAAGUGGUAACGGUAUUCAUAAUAAAUAUGAAAAGAAAUAGAUAGUAGAACUACAGAACAAAGAAUGAGUUUGUGGAUUAAAAUGUAUGAAGCAAUUCUCUAAUUUUGAAUUGAAGCGUAGACAACUAGCAGAUAAAUUAGCAUCACCACGAACAUUUAUAAGCUGAAUCACUCAAUCUCUUAAAAAGUCGAUCACAAAAGUCGGAUAGUCUGCACAGUUCGGCAAUAAAUAAUCUCAUAAGCUAAUUCUACGUCUUAGUUUUCCUGCUCCUAGCUUCUGUCUAACCUCUUCCUACAACAGAAAACAUGACUCGUUGAGGUAGGCAGUGCUCUGGCAUUCAUAACACAUGUCCUAACCACCUCAUUAGUCGACACACCAUCUUCAUCUAAUACCACUCAUCUGACUUCAACAUUGCACACUCAAUGGCCCUACAUACAACAGCACUGCUAUGAAGACAGCCAUAAUCAAACACUAGUAACCCGUGAAAAUCCUAUAAGCUCACGGGAAACAUUUCACAGUCAUAAAAGUAGAACAGACCGAAAUGCCAUUUAGUACAUCAUUCCUUGUCUGGCAGAUGGACAUCUAUCUCACUCACGUCAUAUAUGAAGCGGAUUUGAAAAAGCCAAGAGAGCUGUUUGAAUCGGUGUCGAUAUUUCGUAAAAUACCAGUGGGUACCACUGAUGAGACUUCGGAGAGAUGUAAGGUGAUCGAAUCAUCCAAACUACUUCAUCAUAUAUUGUUAGGUUAGGAGUUCACUCAGAUCAGUCAUGAAGCAACAUUAUGUGCUUAGUCAGCGUUCCCGUGAAACAGAACCAUUAUGAAAGUCUUUAAUUUCUUAGUUGGACAGAUUAUUUACGAAGCUUUAUGGGUCAAGAGCAUAAUCUACUAGACAGUUGUGGAGAAAUCUUAAUAAACCACUACUUAUAAGAGUGUGCGCUCAUGUUAUACUUAACGACUCAGUCAUUUCUGUCCUUCGUUUUCUAGCAUUUGAUUUAUCAUGUAUUACUUACUUAAUUUUCUGAGAUUGAUAGGACUACAUAUUGGUUUAAAUAAAUAAAUAAACUUCAGAUUCACACAAACCCAAAACUGUCCAAAAAUUUAUUUAUUUUAACAUAUAAACAUUGGUACAAGGAGGCACCAAGUACAUAUGCGCCACAUAAAUCGAAUGAUUUGUGUUAAGGAUAGAACACUGCCCGGGCGCCCAAACCGAAGCAGAUGGUUCUCUUAGGUGGGGGGCACUCUCCGAGCCUUUGAUUCAGAGGUUUAAUCCAUACGACAGCGGGGAACCGUUAGAUCCAAUCCCAUGGUGGCCGGUGACCAACAAUAGGUUUAAACACUAUUCGUUCCUUCAGAAUCCUAGAGCCCAUGUGCACCACUAGUUUGGAAUCAGGGUUUUCCAACUCCCCUAGGUGGAUCCUCCAUAUCCACUGUUUUAGACAGCAUUCGAUAAAUCGAUUUCGUUAUAUGGUAAAUUUUACUGUGCUCUUGAGAUCCUGUUCCAAAAUAAUGCGAUCCAAGUCGCCUAAUGACAAUAAGUGACUUGACACUUUAGGUUAAUAUAACGCUAUGUGGCUGAGUCCAUGUGAUAACUUUUGGAUAUUCGCGCUCGAGGUUAUUUAAACUGAUCCCCCAACCCCCUUUUCUCGUUUAAUACGAUUUUAAGUGUUUACGAAACGGCAACCAUAUCAAAAAGUACCGUAAAAAGGGGAUUUAAAUUUUCGCACUGAUAUCAAGACUUAAACGAGUAUUGAGGGCUUACCUGGAAAACCAAGACGAUAGUGACUGUUUCAGAAACGGGAAACAUUUCACAGUCAUAAAAGCAGAACAAACCGAAAUACCAUGUAGUACAUCGUUCUUUGUUUGGCAGAUGGACAUCUAUCUCACUCACGUCAUAUAUGAAGCGAAUUUGAAAAAGCCAAGAGAGCUGUUUGAAUCGGUGUCGAUAUUUCGUGAAAUAUCAGUGGGUACCACUGAUGAAUAACAUUCAUACAAGAUCAAGUCAAAAACUGGCUGUGAAUGUGAGAGACCAUAAUCAACAAACUGAACAUAACUUAAGAACAGUAGGUCGUAUAUUAGUAAUCUAUAGGUCAAAAUGAAGCUUAUAAUAAGAGGAAUAUAGAUAUACACAUUCUAGUUACUGAAUAGUUAUUAAUAACAAUAUGAAAUAUUAGUCCAUGAGUAGAUCUCGGUGGUUAUUUGUAAUUUAAUCUUCACAAGUAUAUAACAAAUAGAAUUCGACAUGUUCACGUUAUUCUAAUUUAUUUCGCAGACAAAAUUUUUCACAAUUAUACAUCAUUGUAUCAAAUUUAUUACUUCGGAAAUAAUUUAAGUUCGUUUAUCCAAUGAACAAAUUAGAAUGUAGUUCCACUAUAGUAAGUGCUACUGAUGUCGGCAGAUAUAAGUAGUAUAUAUCACCAGUCGAAAAUGGCAUGCCUGGCUGUAGAAGGCUGAGAAAAUCGAAGAGAAAAAUAAUCGAGAACCGAGAGUGAUUGGUGUUAAAACGAAGGAACAACAGAAUUUGAGAUGAUUGGUCGAUAUUUUGCAAAAUGGUGUAUUUACUGUACGAUUCUCAGACUUUAUCAAGAUAUUCUAUACUGUGUUAAAAUUCAUUUGAUUGUUCCAUAUGGUGUUCUCGUUCAUGACAUCAUUAUUAUUAUUUUGUC